GGAGUGGAGUGCGGCCGCUCGUGCUGCUGCUGCCGGAGCUUCUCAGGGACUAUUAACAGACAGUGCAGCCGACGACCGAGCACAGAGCUGGGGGGAAUGACAGCCGCCAGAAUCCGCUCCCAUCCUCCUCUGUCCGGGCCCGUGUCCCACUGACAACCAUCGGAUCACAACCUCCACCGAUUCAGCUCUCAGACGAACCCAAUAUCGGUUGAUGGCAGUGACAAAUUACAACCAUGGAGCUGAGAGUCGGGAACAAGUAUCGGCUUGGGCGAAAGAUAGGGAGUGGUUCCUUCGGAGACAUUUACCUUGGUGCCAACAUUGCCACCGGUGAAGAGGUAGCCAUCAAACUGGAAUGUGUAAAGACCAAACACCCACAGUUGCACAUUGAGAGCAAGUUCUAUAAGAUGAUGCAAGGAGGAGUGGGAAUCCCGUCAAUAAAGUGGUGUGGCGCGGAGGGCGACUACAACGUCAUGGUCAUGGAGCUGCUGGGCCCAAGUCUGGAGGACCUGUUCAACUUCUGCUCCCGGAAGUUCAGCCUGAAGACCGUCCUGCUCCUGGCGGACCAGAUGAUCAGCCGCAUCGAAUACAUCCACUCCAAGAAUUUCAUCCAUCGAGACGUGAAGCCCGACAACUUCCUAAUGGGCCUCGGCAAGAAGGGCAACCUGGUGUACAUCAUCGACUUCGGCCUGGCCAAGAAGUACCGCGACGCCCGCACACACCAGCACAUCCCGUACAGGGAGAACAAGAACCUGACCGGCACGGCGCGCUACGCCUCCAUCAACACGCAUCUGGGAAUUGAGCAGUCCAGACGCGAUGACCUGGAGUCCCUCGGUUAUGUCCUCAUGUACUUCAACCUGGGCUCCCUCCCCUGGCAAGGACUCAAAGCUGCGACCAAGAGGCAGAAGUAUGAGCGAAUCAGCGAGAAGAAAAUGUCCACGCCCAUCGAGGUUCUUUGCAAAGGAUACCCUUCGGAGUUCUCCACAUACCUGAAUUUUUGCCGUUCACUCCGUUUUGAUGACAAGCCGGACUACUCCUACCUACGACAGCUCUUCAGAAAUCUCUUCCACCGGCAGGGUUUCUCCUAUGACUACGUCUUCGACUGGAACAUGCUCAAAUUUGGAGCCAGUCGGACGGCUGAGGAUGGAGAUCGGGAGAGAAGGGCGGGAGAGGAGAGGGAUGAGCGGAUCGGAGGAGCCCCCCGGGGGUCCGCAUCACGGGGCCUCCCUCCGGGCCCCAACCCGGGGGCUCCCAACAGAGUCAGGAACGGGCCGGAACAAGCCAUCUCCAACCCCGCCUCACGGGUCCAGCAGUCUGGUAACACGUCGCCACGCGCCAUUUCUCGCGCCGAGCGGGAGAGGAAGGUGAGCAUGCGGCUUCACCGCGGGGCUCCCGCCAACGUAUCGUCCUCAGACCUCACAGCCCGCCACGACCAGUCAAGAAUUUCUACAUCACAGGUCAGCGUGCCGUUCGAGCACAUGGGGAAGUAGAAAUCUUUGGCUCUGCAUGCACAUGAAACCAACAGGGCUGCAAGUUGUAUUCGUCGCUACGGUUUUAUUUCCAUUGGUUGUUUCCUUUUUGUUUUUUGUUUUUUUUUUUGUUUUUUGUGAAAAUACGAUCGCUCGAGGAUCAGUGGAAAUGGACACUAAAUCUUUUCAGAGAUCCUGAAAACUACAUGAAGGUGUCAAAUGUGCUUUUUUUUUUUUUUUUAAUCUUUCCGUGAACCCACUUGGCCGAGCCGCCGAUCACCUCCACCACAGUACAGAAAACCGAAACGACGACGUGGAACCUUCACCCUCCUGUUCCGACAAGCAGUCUCUUGACGAUAAUGUGAAAAAUUGUUGCCAUCCAAGAAGCAAAAAAAAAAAAAAAAAUGCUUGUUCCACUUCAGAGUUGAUAAAUGCUUAUUUUUAUUUUAUUUUUUCCUCAUUUUAACAACACCAAAAACAACUUUUUUAAUGGCAUCUGUUCAUUUGUAAAUGAAGACGUCUCUAAAUUGGAGUGUACUUGCUUCUUUUUUUUUAAUUUUAUUUUAUUUUAAUUUUUGAAAGCCAGCUAAAAGAUAAAGUUAUUGGAGCAUGUAGGUGAGCGGAUAGUUGACAAAAAGAACGGUAGCUUUGAAAAGGAAAAGUAAGUGACGUUUUUAGCUGUUGUGAUGUUUCUGGUGAAGUAGCAGUUGUUUCAACUUCACCCAUUUCUUGUGAUGAUUUGCUAUUCCUCAAAGCGUAGCCAUCAAAAUGUUCACCACCCCUUACUCUGGCUCUUCUGUGUUUGUUUGUUUUUGUUUUUUUUAAGACGUUAGUGGGUAAGGUCAAGUGCGACUCUAGAUAUUGCAACCACACACUCCUAAAUCUUGAGGUAAGCCCCUCAGGAAACUCGGCGUACCAGUAUCUGAUCGGAGACCAUAGCUGCCCGUUCUGGCUAAUGAAUAGUGGCUACGUUUUUUAAUAGUUCUUAAUGUAACUUUUUUUUUUUAAUUCUUUUUGUUAUUGGGGAGAAUUAGAGAGUGGGCAUGAUCUACUAGGGAUGAUAUUUGAGGGAGGGGAUGGGGAUUCAGAUUUUUUUUUUUUUUUUUUUUUUUUAAUGUUUACUCCACUGUAAAUAUUUUUUAAUUUCAAUGUAAAGCCAAAACGUGGUCAUUUGUUUUAAGGUGUAAAGUAGAAGAGUGCAUACUAAUGACAAAAAUAGGGAAACGGUUGAGAACUUUGGGGGUAUUUAAAGUACUAAAUUGCGGGUUGGGCUAUCUGUUGCUGUGCCAGCUGGGUCAGACAGCAUUCUUGUGUGUAUGUGAAAGAGUGUCAGAAAAAAAUCCCUGCUCAGAAAACUAGUCAUUUUGUGCUUAUUUCCACAGUUUCCUCUUAAUUUAUGUCGGUUAGCUUCAUGUCUUGCCUCUGUUUUAUUCUGUUUUUACUCAUUCCAUCAACUUUAACUUAUUGAAACUACUCAUUUCCUGUUAGCCUGCACUUGUUUUUCAGAAGGCCGUCAGACCAUAUCCCACAGCAAAGAGGGCUUUCAAUUUUUUUCCUUCUGCAAAAAAAAAUGAUGUGCGGAUAAUUUGAUGUCACCUCUUUUGGAUUUUAACCUCCAGCAAACCUUUUUAUGAUGUCAUCCAGAAGAGAGCAUAACUGAUGCAAUUUGCAGGGAUGUGUAAAUAGCAGUGUAUUGUGUGUAAUUACCUUUGUACAGGCCGCCAUGACCCAGUGGCAUUGGAACCGUCGGGUUGGGGACGGCAUAAGGAGGCGAUGGAGGCAAUGGCGGAAUCUCACUUUAUGUAUUGUGUACUGAUACCAUGUACAGUUCUUUAACACACUUUAUUUACAGUAUUUGUGUAUAUUUUAUGAAGUAAAUAAAAAUGAAUAACGUUGCUCA